AUGAAGCCGCACCGCAUCCGCAUGACCCACGCCCUGCUCGCCCACUACGGCCUCCUCGACGAGAUGCAGGUGCUCAAGCCGCACCCCGCCCGCGACCGCGACCUCUGCCGCUUCCACGCCGACGACUACGUCUCCUUCCUCCGCUCCGUCACCCCGGAGACGCAGCAGGACCAGAUCCGCGCGCUCAAGCGCUUCAACGUCGGCGAGGACUGCCCCGUCUUCGACGGCCUCUACAGCUUCUGCCAGACCUACGCUGGCGGCUCCGUCGGGGGCGCCGUCAAGCUCAACCACGGCCACGACAUCGCAAUCAACUGGGCCGGCGGCCUCCACCACGCCAAGAAGUGCGAGGCCUCCGGCUUCUGCUACGUCAACGACAUCGUCCUCGCCAUCCUCGAGCUCCUCAAAUACCACCAGCGUGUUCUGUAUGUGGAUAUCGAUAUCCACCAUGGGGACGGCGUGGAGGAGGCGUUUUACACCACGGACAGGGUGAUGACUGUCUCAUUCCACAAGUUUGGGGAUUAUUUCCCAGGGACAGGAGACAUUCGUGACGUUGGGCACUCCAAGGGGAAGUAUUACUCCCUGAAUGUCCCAUUGGAUGACGGCAUCGACGACGAGAGCUAUCAAUCGUUGUUCAAGCCGAUCAUGGGUAAGGUUAUGGAGAUUUUCCGCCCCGGUGCGGUGGUGCUACAGUGUGGAGCAGAUUCCUUAUCGGGUGACCGGUUGGGCUGCUUCAACCUAUCCAUUAAGGGGCACGCGGAGUGCGUGAGAUUCAUGAGGUCCUUCAAUGUUCCGGUGUUGCUGCUUGGUGGUGGUGGUUAUACCAUAAGAAACGUUGCACGAUGUUGGUGCUAUGAGACAGGAGUUGCACUUGGUCAUGAGCUAACUGACAAGAUGCCGCUAAAUGAGUAUUAUGAGUAUUUUGGCCCAGAUUAUACUCUUCAUGUUGCACCAAGUAAUAUGGAGAACAAAAACACACACCGGCAAUUGGAUGAUAUAAGAUCAAGACUUCUCGAAAAUCUUACAAAACUCCGGCAUGCUCCUAGUGUCCAGUUUCAAGAGCGACCUCCUGAGGCCGAGCAACCAGAGCAAGAUGAAGAUCAAGAGAAUCCCGAUGAAAGGCAUCAUGCUGACUCCGAUGUGGAAAUGGAUGAUGCCAAGCCUCUGGAGGACUCUGAAAGGAGAAGCAGUACUCAAAGUGCCAGAGUUAAGAGAGAAUCUACUGAAACUGAGGUGACAGCAGAUCAGAGCAGCAAUACUUAUUUUAUAUAA